AUGUGCCAGAGUCUCAAUGAUGAGGCUUCAUACUGCAAGUGGUGGCUUCCUCGCCCUACUUGUCUUGGUGGCGAUCAACCGUGUGGGGAUCAAACUGUAUGCACCUCCCAGACGUGGCCUCCUGCUCCCACACCUUCUCUCCCAGCUGGUGCGCACCCCUACGAGUCUGCCCCCUGCAACGCCUACUGCGUCGGUCUCAAUGGGCCAACUUCGUACUGUAAGUGGUGGAAAAACGAGCCUGUCUGUCAGGGUGGCGAUCAAUCUUGUAGCCCAUCGGAUUGUCCCACAGGCACUCCUGCUCCCACCGAAGGUCCUCCUGAUGCACAUGUUGGUCCCAGCUCCAACUGCGAUGCUUACUGUACCGCUGUUAAUCCUGACCUUUCUUUUGAUCGCGUGUCGUACUGCAAGUGGUGGCUCCACGUGCCUGUCUGUUACGAUGGUGAUCAGCCUUGUGGCCCGAGCGUCUGCAGCAACUUCGGUGAGACUACAACCCCGACUACAUCGAUCCCAUCUGGGACGCCGACUACCCAGGCUACUACGAUUCCCUCUUCGACAUCCCAGAUUGUCACCACGCAGUCGGCCACUACUUUGACUCCUACAACUCAGGUUGUUACUACUGUGACUCCUACAACUCAGGCUGUUACCACUGUGCCUCCUACAACUCAUGCUGUUACGACUGUGCCUCCUACUACUCAGGCUGUUACCACUGUGGCUCCUACCACACAAGCGGGAACCACUGCGGCUCCCACAACUCAGGCUACUACUAUUCCCUCUUCGACCUCUCAGACUGCCACCACCCAAUCGGUAACCACCGUGGCUGCUACAACUCAGGCGGCCACCACUGUGGUUGCUACAACUCAGGCUGUUACCUCUGCGGAGGCUACAACUCAGGCUGUUACUACUGUGCCUCCUACAACUCAGGUUGUUACCACUGUGGCUCCUACAACUCAGGCUGUUACCUCUGUGGAGGCUACAACUCAGGCUGUUACUACUGUGCCUCCUACAACUCAGGUUGUUACCACUGUGGCUCCUACUACUCAGGCUGUUACCGCUGCGACUCCUACCACACAAGUGGGAACCAGUGCGGCUCCCACGACUCGGGUUACUACUAUUUCCUCUUCGACCUCUCAUUAUUUGGAGAAGAUAGGACGCUCGACGUCCAAGACCUGUCGACUCUGCGGUUAUCCCGACGAGACGUGGGAGCACCUCACAGAUCAGUGCCCCAAACUGAGCAGACUACGCUACAUGGUGAAAAGACCGCCAGGCGUUGGGUAUGCGUACUACUUUACAGAGAGAUCGAGGGCGCAGAGACUAGCGAAGUUUGCUGCGAGGGUGCUGCAAGUGCUAUCCGGUAUGCAGGCCACUGGCUCUCAUUAG